GUUGUUCCUCCCUUGACGCUAUCGCGCACUACACCCACUACAUACUCUUUUCUCUAUAUACAAUCCCCAUCUCAUCUCCCCCUCUCCCCCAAAAAGCCGCCUCCCAUUUCCAUUUUCUAUCCCAAAACCCUAUCUCGUCGACUCCCUCCCUCUCCCCACAACUAUGAAGCACUCGAUUUUCGUAUCUCCUAUCCUUGUUCUUCUCUUCGUCCUACUUUCUCCUCUUUCUUCCCAUGCUUUUCUCCGAUUGCCUCCGAAUGCGUACUUUCCGUCCGUGCACGCCGAGAAGUUGAUCCGGCAGCUGAAUUUGUUCCCCAAACAGCUCAUCAACAUCGCCGAUCACGACCCUCUGUCUUCUUCCUCCUUUUCUGAAGCUGAGAAAAUUGUUGAAAGGCCGUUGAAGUUAUCCAACUUAGUCUCCGAUCCUAGCGUCACCGUUCAAGACCUUGCUCAUCAUGCUGGUUAUUUCAAAAUUGAGCACUCCCAUGCCGCCAGGAUGUUUUACUUUUUCUUCCAAUCACGCAACAGCAAGAAAGACCCAGUCGUUAUCUGGUUGACUGGCGGACCUGGUUGCGGCAGUGAAUUAGCACUCUUUUAUGAAAAUGGACCUUUCAGUAUUGCUAAAAACUUGUCUCUUCUCUGGAAUGACUAUGGCUGGGACAAGGUCUCGAAUUUAUUGUACGUGGACCAGCCCAUUGGAACUGGCUUCAGCUACAGCACUGAUAGGCGUGAUAUUCGUCAUAACGAAGACGGAAUUAGCAACGACUUAUAUGACUUUUUGCAGGCUUUCUUUUCAAAGCAUCGUGAGUUCGCAAAGAAUGACUUCUACAUAACAGGGGAAUCAUAUGCUGGUCAUUACAUUCCAGCUUUUGCUGCUAGAGUGCACCGUGGAAACAAAGCUAAGGAAGGAAUUCACAUCAAUCUGAAGGGAUUUGCUAUUGGUAAUGGGCUGACUGAACCAGGAAUCCAGUAUGGAGCAUACACUGAUUAUGCACUGGACAUGGGGAUUAUUUCAGACUCUGAUCAUGACCGUAUCAACAAGGUGCUUCCAGUGUGUGAGACAGCAAUAAAGCUUUGUGGCACAGAUGGGACAAUCUCUUGCUUGGCUUCCUAUUUGGUUUGUAACGCCAUGUUCAGCUCCAUCAUGGCACAUGCUGGUGAUAUAAAUUACUAUGACAUCCGAAAGAAGUGCGAGGGCAGCCUGUGUUAUGACUUCUCAAACUUGGAUAAUUUUCUGAAUCAGAAGACUGUAAGAAAUGCUCUGGGAGUGGGAGAUCUAGAUUUUGUCUCUUGUAGUCCAACUGUGUAUCAGGCUAUGCUUGUUGAUUGGAUGAGAAACCUUGAAGCUGGUAUUCCUGCUCUUCUCGAGGAUGGAAUAAAAUUACUUGUUUAUGCUGGAGAAUACGAUCUUAUAUGCAACUGGCUUGGCAAUUCGAGAUGGGUUCAUGCCAUGGAGUGGAGUGGUCAAAACGAGUUCAAAUCAUCUCCUGAAGUUCCCUUUGUGGUUGAUAGUUCUGAGGCAGGGUUGCUGAAAAAUCAUGGACCACUUAGUUUCCUCAAGGUGCACGAUGCCGGACACAUGGUUCCCAUGGAUCAACCGCAAGCAGCACUAGAGAUGCUGAAGAGGUGGAUGAAGGGCUCACUUACUGAAAGCUCUGCUGAGCCAGGAAAAUUGGUUUCUUCAAUGUGAUUCGUGCUGUAGUUCCUUUUUUCAAUGCGUUGUUUGUAAAUAUAUGAAGUUAUGAAACGCUUCUAGUUUCUUUUUUAGGGUACCACAAAAACACAAAAGGACAAGACUUUGUGGCUUCUUUACGGCCGUGGAAAGUUAAUGCCUGGAAUCUAGAUGGCAACGCUAUACAUAUUUGUGGAACCACUUCUUGGACAUUUUCUGAUCCCGCGCUACAGGUUGAUGGCUUUUCAUU